UCGUUGUUCGUCCUCAGUGCGGGACAACAGCACCAUGGCCGCCCUCCUGCGCUGCCCCGUCCUGGCUCGUCACCCGUGGCUGGUCCGAGCCUUUGCCACGGCCCCGCCCCGCCCCCACCCAGGUGACCCCCCCGAGGGGUCCCACUGCCCUUUCAUGGACCUGCGGGGAGAGGGGCCCCCCUUUGUCCAACGAGCAGCUCCCGAAAUGCAGGAGGAUGUGACCCCCCUGGAGGCAGACCCCCUGGAUUGGCUGCUGGAAUGGGGGGAACCCUCCGAGGACCUCCCUGAGCGACGGCUGGAGGAGAACCUGCCUGAGGACGCCUUCCCCUACGAGGCCGUGUUCGGGGGUCGCCUGGCGGGGCUGCGCCGCUCCCACACCUACCGGGAGUUCACGGCCGUCAGACGCCGCGCCCGGGACCCCCCGACCGCCCUCCUGGGGACCCCCCCCCGCCUCAUCCAGCUCUGGUGCUCCAACGACUACCUGGGCAUGAGCCGCCACCCCGAGGUGCUGCGGGCGGCCAGGGCGGCUCUGGGUGCCCACGGGCUGGGCGCGGGGGGCACCCGGAACAUCGGGGGGACGUCCCCCCUGCACGGGGCCCUGGAGCGGGCGCUGGCGCGGCUGCACCGGCAGCCCCGGGCACUGCUCUUCUCCUCCUGCUUCGCCGCCAACGACACCGCCCUGGCCACGCUGGCACGGCUCCUGCCAGGCUGCCACAUGUUCUCGGACUCGGGGAACCACGCCUCCAUGGUGCAGGGGAUCCUGCGCAGCGGGGCCCCCAAACACGUUUUCCGCCACAACGACCCCCAACACCUGGACGAGCUCUUGGGGCGCAGCCCCCCAGGGGUCCCCAAAAUCGUCGCCUUCGAGUCCGUUCACUCCAUGGACGGCUCCAUCGCCCCCCUGGCCGAGCUGUGUGACGUGGCCCACGCCCACGGGGCGCUGACCUUCGUGGACGAGGUUCACGCCGUGGGGCUCUACGGCCCCCGGGGCGGCGGCAUCGCCGAGCGCGACGGCGUCACCGCCAAGGUGGACGUGGUGUCGGGGACCCUCGGCAAGGCGGUGGGCUCCGUGGGGGGUUACAUCGCCGGGGGGGCCGCGCUGGUGGAUGCCGUGCGCUCCUUCGGGCCCGGCUUCAUCUUCACCACGGCCCUGCCCCCCGCCGUGGUCGGGGGGGCCCUGGCGGCCCUGCGGGUGCUGGGGGGGCCCGAGGGGGGGGCCCUGCGCCGCACCCACCAGCGCCACGCCAAGCACCUGCGGGUGCUGCUGCGAGACAGGGGGGUCCCCGUGCUGCCCUCCCCCAGCCACAUCGUGCCCGUGCCCGUGGGGGACGCCCUGAUCAACACCCGGCUCAGCCGAGCCCUCCUGGAGCGGGGGUUGUACGUCCAGGCCAUCAACCCCACGGUGCCGCGGGGGGAGCUGCUGCGGAUCGCGCCCACCCACCACACCCCCGCCAUGAUGGAGCACCUGGCAGACCAGCUGUCGGAGUGUUGGGGGUCCCUGGGGCUGCCCCGGGACGCCCCCCCCGGCCCCUCCUGCGCCUCCUGCCAGCGACCCCUGCACUUCUCCCUCAUGAGCGACUGGGAGCGGCAGCACUUCGAGCUGGGGGGGGUCCCAGUCAUGGGCUGAGCCCCCUCAGCCUUGGGGGAGGCCCCAAAAUCCUCCCUGGCUGCCUGAGUCCUCCCCCAGCUGCCUGGGUCCCCUCCCAGUGCUCCCAGUGCUCCCAGUUUCAGGCAUUAAACUGUUCUGGCAGUGAUGGUGUGUCCGUGUCCUUUUGGGGGGGAU